UGAAAGAUGCUGGGAUUCUUGGCCUCCUCAGGAGAAGAAUUCAAUCCGGGGCCAGUGAUGAGGCUUGAUCACUCAGAGCUUUUGUAUCACAAAGUUUUAUUAAAGUAUAAAAGAGCCGCGUGGGGUCGACGCGGGACUUGACCGGCAUGGCGUUUCGGCAGGCGCUACAGCUGGCGGCCUGCGGCCUGGCAGGGGGCUCGGCCGCGGUGCUCUUCUCGGCUGUGGCAGUGGGGAAGCCCCGCGCGGGGCGGGACGCGGAGCCGCGCGUGGUCGAGCCCCCGGCGUGGGCGGGGGCCGCGCGCCCGGGGCCCGGCGUCUGGGACCCCAACUGGGACAGGAGAGAACCACUGUCCUUGAUCAACCUGCGGAAGAGGAGCCUAGAGCCUGGAGAAGAGGAGCUGACAUCCAGGCUGGACCACUGCAAGGCCAAGGCCACAUGGCACAUCUUCCUCAUCAGGCACUCCCAGUACCACGUGGACGCCUCCCUGGAGAAGGACCGCACGCUGACGCCCCUGGGUCGUGAGCAGGCUGAACUAACUGGUCUGCGACUUGCAAGCUUGGGGUUAAAGUUUAAUAAAAUCGUCCAUUCCUCCAUGACCCGUGCGGUAGAAACCACUGACAUCAUCAGUAAACACCUGCCAGGCGUCUGCAAGGUCAGCACAGACCUGCUGAGGGAAGGCGCCCCCAUCGAGCCCGACCCCCCUGUUUCUCACUGGAAGCCGGAGGCUGUGUAUUAUGAAGAUGGAGCGCGGAUCGAGGCCGCCUUCCUGAACUACAUCCACCGGGCAGACGCCAAGCAGCAGGAGGACAGCUAUGAGAUCUUCAUCUGCCAUGCCAACGUCAUCCGCUACAUCGUGUGCCGGUGAGGGGUCCUGCUGGGUGCCCUUGGCCCUGCUCCCCCUCCUGCCUGCCUGUGCCUCCAGAGUUUCCUCCAGGUCCAGCUGGUGGUCUGGUAGAGUGGCUUUCAGUCCAGUUUUCUCAUGACUGUGUGUUUUUGGUGGGAACAGACCAGACAAAGUGUCCUUCAUCGGCAGUCUUUCCUGGGCGAUGUUGUGGUUGCUUGGUUCAGGUGCUAUGCGCCGGCUGCUCACAUUGCGAAGUCAUAGUUUAUAUGCCAACACCCCGUUUCCCUGACAUGCAGUGACUGGUUUGGCACCUGUCGCUGGAUCAUGCCACUG